AGAUGUUCACUUGCUUGGCUGUUCUCAGAACUCCAUAGAAAUGAAUGGAGCUUGCUGGGAGUCGUAGUCUCCCCACAGCUGGAGUGCCGGAGGUUAGCCAUCACAGACCUAUCCUGAUGGGUGGAUCAUUUUUUGUGGGUGAGAAUGCGGAGCUCAUUUGACUACAGACCACAAGGCAGUCCUUGUGUCCACGUGCGGAUGACUGUAUGUCUCUUUACUUCCCGCAGCGCCAUGAUUCUGCAGUGCCGUCUGCUCGUUGGGGCUUGGUUCUUCUUUUUAUCAUCCACUGGGGCCAGCCCCGCAGACGAGAGCGGCACAAGGGGCAGCCGCACCGACCAGGGAGACGCGGCUUUGGAUGAGAAACACCAAGACACUUACGGAACUUUUGCUUCGGAGUUCUAUGACCUGAGAUAUCUGUCUGAAGAAGGGUAUCCUUUUCCCACGGCUCCCCCAGUUGAUCCUUUUGCAAGGAUCCGUGCAGAUGAUUGUGGAAAAACUAAAGGAUGCUUUAGGUACGGCACGCCGGGGUGUACUGCGGAGACCUGCGACUACUUUCUAAGUUACCGUCGAAUUGGGGCGGAUGUGGAGUUCGAGCUGAGCGCUGACACCGAUGGAUGGGUAGCCGUUGGAUUCUCUUCUGACAAAAAAAUGGGAGGUGACGACGUCAUGGCCUGUGUCCAUGAUGAUAAUGGAAGGGUGCGCAUACAACAUUUUUAUAAUGUCGGCCAGUGGGCUAAAGAGAUCCAGAGGAAUCCAGCCAGAGACGAGGAAGGCGUAUUCGAAAACAACCGGGUAACCUGCCGCUUCAAACGCCCCGUAUAUGUUCCUAGAGAUGAGACCAUAGUUGACUUGCACUUAAGCUGGUAUUAUCUGUUUGCCUGGGGCCCUGCAAUUCAAGGCUCCAUAACACGGCACGAUAUCGACUCGCCUCCAGUUUCAGAGAAUGUCGUCAGCAUUUACCGUUACGAAGAUAUUUUCAUGCCGUCGGCAGCCUACCAGACCUUCUCCUCUCCCUUUUGCCUUCUUCUGAUUGUAGCGUUGACUUUCUACCUGCUAAUGGGAACCCCAUAACAUUGUAUUUGUUACCCUUUGGAUCUGAGAAUAGAUGGACAUUGUGUGCUCUCUUUUGUGCUUGACAUGUUAUGUCCUGUUCUGCUGGAACAACAGGUAAUAGGUUACAUGUUCAUCCAGCAGGGACUUCAUAUUUUACAGACCCAGAAGGUAUCGGUAAAGCUAAUGUGGGUUAACUAGUCGCUAAUCAUGUGCCAAGAAAAAGUAAUUGUUAGAAAGCUUAACCCAUUGUGUUUAAUAUGAGGUAGCCAUCAUAUAUAGGGUCUCUUACAUUUGGGCCUCAUUCACACAGCUGUAUUUAUCCGUAUUUUUUUCAAGAUGCAGACCCAUUCUUUUCAGUGGGGCCACAAAAGAAGACCAACAGCACAUGGGGUGCACCACAGCCAUAUGUCCAUUCUGCAGUCCCACAAAAAAACACAAAAAACAGAAGAUGUCCUAUUCUUUAGUUUUGUGGACAAGAAUAGGUAUUUGUAACAUAGUGCAGGACCUGCGGAAGGGAAGCGGACGGCAAAACGUAUACGGCCGUGUGCAUGAGGCCUUAGUUUCCUUGUGGCAGCUAAGUAAGAUUUUAUAAUUUGAUGUUUUUAAACUGCAUAUCUCUGUCAUUUAGGUUUCCAAACCACAAUACCCUGAGUAUUAUAGGAACAGGUUUCCUGACAUAAAACGCCAUCAUAGAUUAUUUUAUGACACAAUUUUGACUCGCCAGGUUGUCAAAAGGCAGCUCAUGCUAUAAAAGUAUUUACUUAAAGGGGUUUUCUAGGAAUGAUUUAAAAUGGCCACCAGCAACCUGUCUUAGAAUGUGAGCAGGACUGGUUGUAUCCACUUGUAUAGCUGCCUGGGGGGUGAGGGUAAUGUAUGUUAAUGAUGGGAUCCUGCCUAUAAUAUACCAUCAUGGCUGAGCAGCCUGACAGGAACCCUCACCAAUGUGUAGUAUAAGCAAGAGCCAGAGCGUAGUAUGUAGUGAAGCCCUAACCUUCAGGCAGCUCUAGAAGUGGAGGCAACCAGUCCUGCCCACAUUCUAGGGCAGGACGCUGGUGGCCAUUGUAAAUCAUUCCUGGAGAACCCCUUUACAUUAGCAUCUUUCACCACUUCUGACAUGUCAACGGUUUUAGUAAAGACUCGUGUUUCUCGUGAAAUAAAAAUUAUGGAACAUCGUUUAUCAUAACUCCGCAUUGUGCCGUUCUUCUGUUACUCCUUCUAGAAAUUUAUGAAUAAAUUGACAACUGGGUGUUCCUUUACCUGUGUAGGGAUAUACCCCUUCGCUUCAUUUAUCGGAGGGCUAUGUCCUACACAGUCUCUCACUGUGGUAGCACGCACUUGUCUGUUUACUCCUAUAUUUCUAAGAGGAGCACAAGCACAUUGCAGAGAUAUAAGAAAACAUGCUCCAGAAAUGGAAUGGGGGAUGCAGCAGUUUUGACAGGCUCUCUUUAAAGGGAAUUUCAAAGUGGCCUCCAACAACCCGUCCUAGGAUACAACUAGGACUGGUUGCCUCCACUUGUAGAGCUUCUCAGGGGUAAAUGGCAGGGGCUUGCGAUGCCUACUGUCAUUUUACAUUGAAUGCUGAGGUUUGCUGUCAGGCUGCUCAGGCUGACUGCAUAUCACAUGCAUGAUCGCUCCACUAGGGACUCUGCUGAACACUAGAUAGUAAUGAUGUGAUCCUGUGUGUGAGAUGCUGUCAUGGCUGAGCAGUCUGAUAGGGAAGUGGAGGAAGGAUGUAGUCCUACUCCCCGAUCCUCUCAGGCUGCUCAGCCAUUAUGGCAUAUUGCAUCAUUACCAUCUUGUAGGCCAUACAAGAUUCAUGGACAAGAUUGGAUUCCAUUACAGAUUACCCUCAUUUGUGAUGUCUGAAUAUAUAUUCACCAUCCACAAGCAGCCAUGAAUAAAGAGGCUGGCCAGGUGCCAUGUAUAUCUCUAGUCUAUAAUACUGUACACCUUUGUAGCUACUGAGCAGGAACCUGGACAUCAUUCCUUCCAAACCAGGCAAUUCAGUACAGUAGCAAAUAUAUUUUGCUGUAGUGUCAAAUCAUUAGCUAAUUUUUAGAUAGAAUAUUUUAUGGGUUUAUGGUAUUAUUCCUAGGCUUUUGUAGGACAGGGAAGGGGUUAAUAUGCGCGACCCUGGUGAUCUAGGGCAGAUGUGUUCACCUUAUCUCUGAACUCCUGACAGCUCAUAAACACUAAUUUAUAGUAAUUCUUAGCAUUUUAAUGAUAAUAAGGCUGAAGUAAGUGUUUAUCAGCCGUCAGGAGUUCAGAGGUUCAUCGAUAAGGGCUACACGUGAGAGCUGCUGGAUUCAAUGUAAAAUAGAAAGCAAGGCUGUAGAACAAAAGCUGUUGAUAGUAACUG